GAUAUGAACAGGAGGCUGCGAGAUGAGAAAGACGCCCAGCAAUCACUUAAGCUGAAUCCAAACGUCACCAAGUCUCUGCAGAAGAGAGGGUCAAUAUUAGGCAACUACUUGCAGCAAGACAAGCCAGUAGAGAGACAGCUGAGCUCUUCUGAAGAGUUGGAAUUGACUGAUACAAAAGAGGUCACAGAUUCACCCAAGACCUGUCUACCGUCAUGUAAAGUCCUAGAUGAAAAAGUUGAACAGAUUCAAACUCGGGUGAGCAGACUUGUCGAUCUACAACGCGUGUUUAAGGUGGUGUUUCUGGGUAACUCUGGGGUGGGUAAGACCUCCUUCAUCCGGCACUACUGCACUGGAAACUACUGGAGUAAAAUGAGUUCUACUGUAGGUGUAGAUUUCCAGAUGAAGACUUUAAUUCUGAACUCCACCACUAUCACAUUGCAGCUGUGGGACACUGCGGGCCAGGAGAGGUAUCGCAGCAUCACUGAACAAUAUUACCGAAAGGCAGACGGCAUCCUUGCCAUGUAUGACGUAACUCAGAGCGCCUCCUUCAGUGCGGUGAGAGGAUGGAUGGAUUCUGUCAGGGAUAAGAUGUGUGAAGGGACUGUGCUGAUGCUGCUUGGAAACAAGCUGGACUUAGCAGACAAUAACAACAGAGAAAUCACAAGACCGGAGGGGGAGAGGCUGGCAGAGGAUUACCAGGCUUUGUUUCAUGAAUGUAGUGCCAAGACUGGGUAUAACAUGGAAGAACUGAUGGUUCACCUGGCUGAGAUGCUGGUCACCAAGGAUGAUCGGCAGUGUGAAGACGCUUUUUUACUGACAGAGGACACGAGUCAGAGAAGUUGCUGCGCUCUCAGUAAAAAGAAGAUUUGAUGCUUUUGGAAACUGUCUCACAUCAACAAGAACUGCCCAAAAUCACUUCAUUAAACAAGAGGCUCUUUUCUCUUUUUUGACCAACUUCUAUAAUAUUGUCAUACUUUGUAUUAUCAAAUCUUUGUUAUAAAAUAUAUAUUUUUAUCA